UUUCAUUUUGUGCAAGUGGGCUCCUCCCGCAUCCCUGAGGGCAUUUUAGCCCUUGCUGGCCACCGCCAAGAAGGAAGCUGUUGUUGGCUUGAAGGUGGCUACUCUGUGCUGUAUCUGCUGACUAUGGGUGGUGUUCUCGACACCAUCAAGGUGACCUGCACACGUCCUCAUGACUCUUCCACCGCAUUUGACACUCUGUGUGAUUGUUGCGUGGGUUCAGGAGACCUGUGACUCCUGUUGCGGUGCGGGUCAAGAGCCCUCCAAGGACCGCUUCAACAUUCAGGUGGUGGGGGCGCAGGACCCGCCAAAGCGGGAGGAUGUGGCCGUCUUCCCUCCCCCACCUGGCCCACAAAUGAACGGCACCAAGGCAGCGGAUGACCCGCCCGCAUUCGGCUCAGCGGCCGAGCCAGAGGCACAGCCCUCCGAGCGGUCCCCGGCAGCGUACAGCGGGGCUCCCGAGGUGCCCGACAUGGCCCCGCUGUCGCAGGAGACCAAGAAGUGGGACCUGGAUGGGAUUUUGCGCGACCCUGAAGGCGCUGACGCGGAGCUGCUGCGUCAGCUGUUCGACACGUGGGUCAGUCCGUCGCUGGGCGUGGUGACGCUGGACGGCGUGGCGCCGCUGCAGUCCUUCUGCCUGGAGAGUGCUAGCGGGUUGAGCGACACGGCCUUCAGCGAGAAGCUCUUCCACGUGCUCGACGGCAACGGCAACAUCGACUUCUGGGGCUUCCAGACGCUCGUGAGCGAGACAGCCGUCAACCAGCAGGAGGUCAUCGAGACCUUCAUGAAGAUGAACCCUGAGCAUGACGCCAUCAGCGCAUUCGACGCCCGGACGGCCCUGCGGACACUGGGCGAGAGGCUGGAGCUGACGGACGGGGAGUGGGACGUGGUCCUCGACGCACUCAUGCAGAGCGCCGACUUCAGCGUGAGCCUCGACAGCUUCCUCAUGCUCUACGGCAGGCUCCAGACCAUCGCAAGGGCCUACAAACUGGCCAAGACCGCAAACACAUGAGUGAUUGAUCUUGAUGGAGGCAGGGAUUGACGGAUGGUGUGUGAUUGUUUGAUGGAG